AUGGCAACGCGAAUAGCCCCACCACUGCUAUUCCCGGCUGCGGCUAAGCAUACAGCUACCGUUAUUUUCAUCCACGGAUUGGGAGAUACGGGAUACGGAUGGGCUUCUGCCGUAGAGAACUGGAGGAGGCGUCAAAGAUUGGACGAAGUCAAAUUCGUUCUGCCUCACGCCCCGCGUGUACCUGUCACCGCUGCUGAUGGAAUGCCUAUUCCCGCUUGGUUCGAUCUCUUUGCAUUGAACGGGAAGACAGACGAUCUCAGAAAGGAGCAAGAUGAGAGAGGAAUACUAAAGAGCAGAGACUACUUCCACGAGCUGAUCCAAGCCGAAGUCAACGCCGGAAUACCUGCUAACCGCAUCGUUCUCGGUGGCUUCUCGCAGGGUGGUGCCAUGGCCCUAUUCGCAGGACUAACAGCAAAGGCCAAGCUCGCUGGCAUAGUUGGAUUGUCAUGCUGGUUGCCGUUGGACUCCAAGUUCGCCGAUUUCGUCAAGGAGAACGAUUACAACCGUCAGACACCGAUAUUGAUGUGCCAUGGCGAUGAAGACCAAGUCGUACCUACGAGCUUCGGCAAGCUCUCGUCGGAGUUACUAAAGGAGCAAGGUUACGAUGCUACCAUGAAAAUCUACCCUGGUAUGCCCCAUUCGGCUUGCAUUGAAGAACUCGACGAGGUUGAAGCUUUCUUAAGAGCGCAUCUGCCGCCCCAAGAUGACGGGAAGUCGGAACUAUGA